GUCUGACACGGGGCGGGGCUUCUAGCAGGAGGUCACAACAAUCAUGGCGUGCAGAGGAUUUAUCAUAAAAUGGGGCAAAACAGAGUUCUAUAGAUCGCCAAAUACCUUUUCCAGAUGCUCAAGGCUCAACCCAUACCAGCAACAGAGGAGUGGGUUCCGCCGGGAAGCUAAAAGGACAGAUACCAAAAUGGGAAAUGUCAACCAGCAACAAACCAAAACGUCACCCCCCGAGGCUGGCCCACCAAGACCCCCGCCUCCUCCCAAAGUCCAACGGCCAAGGCUCUUUAGACCACUGAUGUUCACAGUAGGGUUUGCAGGUUGUUCCUUUGGUGGGGCGGCCAUUUUGCAGUAUGAGACUCUGAAAGCAAGAGUUCAAACUGCAAAAGAUGGAGAAGAGUUAGAAAAACUCGUAAUGGGUUCCCAGGACAUGGCGUACUGGCACGACUGGUGGAACCAACUGUCCAGCUUCCAGAGGCAGCUCCUCCUCCUGGUGUCCAUGGUAGAUGACUUCUGGAGAAGCCUUACCGAGGGACAGAGGACUGCUACUGUUUCUUCUGAACAUCUUCCAGGAAUUAUAGCUAUAAACGCUGCAGUUCUGUGUUGCUGGAGGAUCCCGGCGAUGCAAAGAACUAUGAUUAAGUACUUCACAUCCAAUCCAGCCUCCAAAACACAGUGCCUUCCCAUGAUUCUGUCUUCCUUCAGCCACUACUCCAUUAUCCACAUGGUGGCCAAUAUGUAUGUCCUAUGGACGUUUUCCUCUGGUAUCGUCUCCCUCCUAGGCAAAGAACAGUUUCUUGCAGUCUACCUCUCAGCUGGCGUGAUAUCUACCAUGGUCAGUUAUGUUUGUAAAACCGCCACCGGGCGAUUCUACCCAUCACUUGGGGCGUCAGGUGCGGUCAUGGCUGUACUCGCUGCAGUCUGUACAAAAGUACCAGAGGCCAAGCUUGGCAUAAUCUUCCUUCCUAUGGUCACUUUCACUGCCGGAAAUGCUCUCAAAGCACUUGUGGCCAUAGAUACGGCGGGGCUCAUCUUGGGAUGGCGGCUGUUUGAUCAUGCUGCUCACCUUGGCGGAGCUCUCUUUGGAGUCUGGUAUGUGGCGUAUGGUCACAAACUAAUUUGGAGAAGGAGGGAGCCUCUUGUGAAGCUGUGGCAUGAGCUUCGCUCUAAGGGUGGCAAGGGAUCCAGACCCGGAGGUGGGCCGGAGGUCAGACGUGGCGGUGGAGGACAGCCGUAACCCUACCUAAAGAUCCCUGGAGUUCUUUACCAACAGGAAUUCUCUGGUCAUGGAAAAGAUCUGGAUGUUUUCCAUUUGCUGAAGUGGGUUGUUAUUUUUCAUGAAUAAAUAUUAAAAUAUGCAAACAUCUAAUCUGUUCAGUUUCAACAGCGAGUUAAAGGUUUGUUUUAAUGGGGCCAUAUUGGCAUUUUAGGUGCUUCCUUCCUAAAGCGUGGUACCGCAGUUUGUUUCAUUCUAAAGCUUUGAUAUAAGUUUUAGAAACGUCAUUGCUGGGUUUAAAAAAUAAAAACAUAGAAAAGUAUAAUCUCUGAUGCACAGAACUUUUUUUCUUGUUUGGAUUUGUUAAUGAACUACCAACCAUAGUUCUGUCCAGUCACAUGAAACAAACGUGAUUUAUAUUUGUUUGCACAGAUGAAUGUUUUGGAUUGGUUCUGCCAUCUUUAUUAUUAGAGGCCAAAUUUGUUCUGUGUUGUUCUAAUUAUGCUGCCAACAGCCAUCUUGUGGACAGAGAACAAAAAUAACAUUUGAUUUUGGGUAACUGUUGUUGUACUGCAAGAUUUAACUUGACGUUUUGCUACAUUGUGUAUACUGUCUUAGUGUCAUUUGUCAGAAGUGGUAUUUGCCCAGUUUUAAGACUAAGUCACAACAACAUAUGUUGCAAUGUUUUGACAAGUGAAAUCUUAGAAUCUGAAAAGGAUGGACUUUCUUUUUAUUAUCACUGAAUACAUACAUUUUCUUUGACAUAAAAUGACAUCUAAGUUAAAACAACCAAUCAAAUUCUCCUCUUUUGUAAAGCUGAUUUUAUUUAUUUUUACAUUCUGCUAUCUCUAUUGCUACAACACAAUAUAUUCCUAAUGUUCUGUGUGACUUGCUCCCAACUAAGGAUGAGCAGAAACUUUACACCUUUGGAGUAAUUAACAUGACUUUAAGAUUUUUUAAUGGAACACUGCCAUUUGCUAUAUACAGAUAUAGCAAAUGGCUACAGCCUAAAAUUCUUCAUACUUUUGGUAAUUGUUUUUCUUCCCUGGAUAUAGUGUUUGCAAGUAGAAUGAUUAGGAUAAUUGAAAGGAGGCCCACCAACUUCAGACUUGGAGCUCAUCACCAAAGGUAAAUCAUGAAAAUAGCAAUGGAAACUUUAAAAAAGUUGUUCAGUAAUUAUAAGGAGUUCCUGAUUGCUGUAACACCAAUCAAGAUUUGUCCAUUGAUUAUUGAGAUGGGGAAUAAAUCUGUGGCGCUAACUCAUUAAGAGUGAAUAAAGUAUUCCUUUAUUUUUAACUGUUUCACAAAUAGGACAGAGUCCUUUAAUUUUCUGGACCUGUAUUAAAUUUCAUUUUUUUAAAGAAAUAACUAAAUACCUGUAUAUGAAUAACUCAGGUUU